GGGGCGAGCCUGUGGCAGCAGAGGCCAGCGUGACAUUGCAGCACCCUGAGGCGUGCCGUGUGUUCUCCUGGGUAAGUUGUCCCUGGAUCACGGGACCCUGGCAGUGGUGGUCUGCACAGGCUCCCGGAGGGGAGGUGUGGAUAGUGACCUGUGGUCACACUCAGGCUUCUUGGUGGCUGCAGCAGCAGCCUUAGCGUCUCAUGCCCAUCUCUGAGGUUCGCGUUGAUAGCCGCGGCUCACGCGCGUCUCUGGAGCUCCUUUAAGCAGCGCUCUUAAUCCCCUCUCCUCGCGCACUGGGAAACACAGAGGCAAGAAAAAGUUUCUUGCCUCUUUGGCAGCUCCAGACUUUUUCCCGGACUCCCUCCCGGCUAGCCGUGGUGCACUAACGCCUUCAGGCUGCGUUCACACCGCCAACCCCAGUCCUCUCCCUGUGAUUCAACCGAAGGCCGAGCCUCAGCUCCCAGCCCCCGCCUGCCCCGGCGGGUGAGCAGACAAGCCUCUCGGACUGGUACGCGGGGGAGUUCCUUGCCUUUUGGGAGGUCUGAGGUCUUCUGCCAGCGUUCAGUAGGUGUUCUAUACUAGCAGUUCCACGUGUAGAUGUAUUUCUGAUGUAUCUGUGGGGAGGAAGGUGAUCUCCGCAUCCUACUCUUCCGCCAUCUUCCUGAACUCCCUACCUGUCUUUUUGUUUAAAGAAAAGUAUUGACUAUCAUGAGCCCCAAGCAUAAAAAACAUGAAAAGUAAUUCUCUACAGCCUGUUCAGCAGAUUACCUCCUCUUUUGGAGGCUGAUACACUUAAGGAUGACAAGUCAAAUUUGUGAGCCUGCUGGAUGAAGAGGUUGAUUCCAUUAACGUACUGUCACAUCUCUCUGAAGUACCUCAGGUAGGUCGCCGACUGCGUUCGGCUCCAGGAGAUCCUUCCCCAGUGAGCGUACCCAGAACAAGAAGCAAACUGAAUCCCGCCUGCCUCGAAAAAGAACUGUUGAAUCUCAAGCAGCGGAGACGUACAUAGAGCUCAUUGGAGCCAAUACUUUUCUUUGCAUGGGAAGAAACUGAGGACGUCUCAUCCAAGGCCAAGCUGCUUAAAGACUGGGUGGAGACCCACACCCAUCCCUCAGCUUCCGCCCGCCGGACGAGUCUCGCCUCCUCCCUCGCCGGAAGUGGCGGAUGGAGCCCCGGCUCUCCUUCGCGUCCGCUGAUGCGAUUCAAGCUGGGGAAGAAGGGUGUGCCGGGAGGGCGGAGACGGGGUGCAACUGAGGGUGAUCUUCCAAUCUUGCUUAUCGAUGAAAUGCAGUUAACACAUCAGCUGGACCUGUUUCCUGAAUACAGGGUGACCCUUCUGUUAUUUAAAGAUGUAAAAAAUGCUGGACACUUGAGAGAAAAGGCCAUGGAAGGUGCCAUUGAUGGCUCAUUAAUAAAUCCUACAGUGAUUGUCGAUCCAUUUCAGAUACUUGUGGCAGCAAACAAAGCAGUUCACCUCUACAAACUGGGAAAAAUGAAGACAAGAACUCUAUCUACUGAAAUUAUUUUCAAUCUUUCCCCAAGUAACAAUAUUUCAGAGGCCUUGAAAAAAUUUGGUAUCUCGGCAAAUGACACUUCAGUUCUGAUUGCUUAUAUUGAAGAGGGAGAAAAACAAAUAAAUCAAGAAUACCUAAUAUCUCAGGUAGAAGGUCAUCAAGUUUCUCUCAAAAAUCUCCCUGAAAUAACAAAUAUUAUGGAAGUCAAAAAGAUAUAUAAACUAUCUUCACAAGAAGAAAGUAUUGGGACAUCAUUGGAUGGUAUAAUUUGUAGAAUGUCAACAAAAGAUGUUUUGUGAAAUGACAGAAAUAUUAAAAAUUGUCAGCAAUUAUACAAAA